AUGACGUCGAACUUCCUCUUCCCAACGGGAUCUGUAGUAAUUCGCGGUCUGGCUCGGGUUUGGUCGCACGUUACGAAGGGUGUCAGAUGGUCGCUAGGGUCAGGUACUAGGGCGCUUUUCUGGUGGGACAACUGGUCGAACAGCCCAUCACCUCUAAUUAACCGAGUGCAUGGGGUAAUUCCCGAGGACCAACUUUCUUGGUCUGUUUCGAAGUGUGUCAACGAGCAUGGGCAAUGGAAUUGGCCAAGCUUUUCGUCCUGGCUGCAGCCUUCGGAUCUUCUCCGGAUAUCCGCGACCCUCCCUCCUCAGGCCGGGGCUGGUCAAGAUAAAAUUUUCUGGGGUUUGUCCUCGAACGGGCAGUUCACGACCAAAUCAGCCUAUAAGUCUUUGAUUCCGGCGAACCGUGAUGAGAAGCGCCGGCUGUGGUCGCUGAUUUGGAAGUGGGUCGGACCUCAAAGAAUCCGACAGUUUUUAUGGCUCGUUGCUAUGGAAAAGCUUCUGACGAACGAAGAAAGACACCGACGGCACCUAGUGGAUAUUCCGCUAUGCGAGAUCUGUCAAGCCCAAACGGAAUCAAUCCUCCACGUUCUUCGUGAUUGUGAGGUUUCUCGUCUCUUCUGGAAAAAGCUGGUGCCGCGCUCGAAAUGGCCUGAGUUCUUCGAUCUGACUUUGGCCAAUUGGCUGGAACUGAACCUAUCGCCCCGGCUGAAUAUUGCGGAUGACAACUGGGAUUGUGUGUUUGGAGUUAGCUUGUGGCGUCUUUGGCAUGGCCGGAAUAAUUUCGUUUUUAAUAAUACCACAUCUUCGGCUGAUGGCAAAGUCAUGGAA